GUUACAGAUGCUUCAAAACGACGAUGUUUCUCACUGGAUUCAUCUUCGCGUCCAGUAUAGUAUACCUGAUAUGUUUGCAGGGUGAACUGAUGCCAUAUUAUGGAAACAUUGGAGUUUCCUUACUUGCCGGAGUGCUUUUCGGACUGAUCACAAUGCUGGUGCAGUACGUGGGGUUGUUUAUGAGCGGCCUGCAUACAGGCGUGCUCUUGGGCUUGGCGUCGCUGUUGACGGCAGACCAUUUCAUGGAAACCUCUCCCAAGGGGUCCGUUUGGCUGUGUGUGUCUGUCCUGCUUUGUUCAGCCGUAACAACCGCCAUUCUCAACUUAUACUUUAGAAAAAGUCUCACGAUACUGGGCUCAAGUUUAUACGGAGGAGCUGUGCUCUCAGUAGCUAUAGAUUACUUUGUAGAAAGAUUGUCGAUGGUGUCUUGGAUGUGGCAACGGGUGUCCCUCAAACCGGUACAACCACCGCCGUGCUGGUUUUCUUGGAUCGUGCUGGGUGCUUGGCCGACCUUUGUCUUAGCGGGUUUGAUAAUUCAGUUCGCUUUUACAGGCAGGGGGAUCCAUCACGAAGACGCAGCAGCUGGACGAAAAAAGCCGAGGCCAAGUACCAGAGGCAUUACGAGAGCUGACCGAGCUGAAAUGCGGCAAAAGAAGUACAGAUAUCUUUAUCAAGUUCGAACGGCUCAUGGAGAUGUUAUAAGCCAGAAUUUCGUACAGCAGUUGCAAAAAAAAGACAGCACAGACGGCCAAGGCGAAUGUAGUACGCUUCAGUCGGAUGCAACCCACCUCACAAUUCUACCGGACGCACAACUGGCUGCCCUUACGGAAAGUGAGGACGACAGCCAGACGGAAAUAACAGCCAGGCGAUGAAUACUCAUUGUAUUUUUUAUUUUCUUGCUUGACGAGAUUUUUAUAUGAAAGCUUGGUAGUUGAGAGAACAUUGAAAUUUUGAAGAGUUUUAUAUUCUAAGCUUUUAAGACAAUAAUGUACGAGAAGGGGAAUUAUGUAACAAAAAAUGAGUGAAACUAAUUAUUAUAAACUGCAUUUAAUGUUAGUUUUAACAAACGUUUCAAGAAAAACUGCCAUACUACUACGUUUUCCAAGCUAUUAGAAAAAAAGUUAGUGUUUAGUAGAAAAAACGCACUAAAAUAGUAUCUGUUUUUCAAAAAAUCAAAAGGAAAAGUCAUUUUAAACAAUGAUUUCCAGUCCCUCUAAAUUUUCUGAGUAGUUAAUUGCUCACUAUACAUUUGUAAAAAAUAUUUUUCUAUUUGAUACUCAUUUGUAUUAUCGCAGAGGAAACUCGGACAAUGACAAUUUCAAUACAUCGGCAAAUGACUAUCUUGUUGAAGUCAUAACACUCCAAGUCUCAAAGCAAAGACUUAGUUCAAGGAAGGAUGAGCUAUAAAACCAAAUCUUAGAAAUCCAAUAUGCUAUCAACAUUCUUAGAUUGAUAAAAAAAUAUACAGUGUGACUCACUAAGAACAAGGACAUGCCUCGAAAUUUUUUUCUAGCGCUCAACUUUUUUUUUAUAAAUAGUGCCUCUUAGAUAUAAUCGAACGAAUUGCAAUUAAUCCAUGGCAAGCUGUUUAUUUUUCCAAAGUUAUUUUUCUAAAAUCACAUUAGCUUUGCUCCUAUCGCAAUAGAAUCAGUUUCCUACAGUCGCAUUUGAUUCGAUACAAUGAGUUUUGAACUUUAUGUAAGCAUUAUAUCGGAAUGCUUUUGACUGUUGAAAUUUGUUUUGAAUAGCUCGAGGAAUAUUAAAAACUUAAUCUGAAAUUUCGUCCAUUUGUAAUGCGGAGUAAUUGUAAUAAGGCCACUAUUUAUUUAAAAAAGUUAUUUCACUCCUGCAUCCUAAAUAAAUUUAGUGAAGUGUCUCAGUUGUUCAUAGGCCUCAUUGUAUAUUUUGCUCAAAAAUAUUUGAACUAAGAAUAAUUUAAAAAGUUGAAUAAGCACAAAUUACACAGGCACAUAAAAAAAAUUCAUGAACCAGAGGGUAGACCCCCACUAUUCUUAGGUUUUUGGGGUUGCUGAAACCGAAUAUGACCAUAAAAAAUCAUUUCAAUUGCCUGUUUUCCCGCUAGCGCCCCCUGAAGGGGGUUGAAUUUUAAAUUUUCAUACAAAAUUAAAAUGUAUGCGUAUUUCUAUGUUUUUUGGGACGCUGAAACCGAAAAUGACUACAAAAAAUGAUAUCCAGUUACUCGAUUACCCUCUUGCACUCUCUUACAAUCAUUUAAAAGAACCAGCAGGAUCCAUAUGAAAGUUGGCUCUCGGUAAAUUGCGCUAACGUUUUCAGAAAAAAGAAGAAAACCAAAGUUUUCAUGGGCUCAAUGCUCGAAAUUUCAAUGAUCCAGAGUCAAUUACCUGUUAAAUAGACAAGUUAAAUAGUACCUCCAGCUUCUAUGUUGUAAACGUCAAUACUUCACUGAUCAGAAAUAUUAGCUCUUAGAUGUAUUUUUGAUUUGGUUCAACUCUUAGCGCAACCCAGGAACAAUGGCGUGGAGGUGGUAGGUUUCUGUUCCCUUUGGGGUGCUUGAUUAACGUGAGUCCCCUUGCCUCUCACAAUUCGAGGUGCUUGAUUAACGUGUGAGUCCCCUUGCCUCUCACGGUUCGUGGUGCUUGAUUAAAGUGAGUCCCCAUGCCUCUCACAAUUCGGGGUGCUUGAUUAACGUGAGACCCUUGCCUCUUACGGUGCGGGGUGCUUGAUUAACGUGACUUCCCUUGCCUCUCACAAUUCGGAGUGCUUGAUUAACGUGAGUCCCCUUGCCUCUCACAAUUCGAGGUGCUUGAUUAACGUGUGAGUCCCCUUGCCUCCUCACGGUUCGUGGUGCUUGAUUAAAGUGAGUCCCCAUGCCUCUCACAAUUCGGGGUGCUUGAUUAACGUGAGUCCCCUUGCCUCUUACGGUGCGGGGUGCUUGAUUAACGUGACUUCCCUUGCCUCUCACA